UAAUAAAUAAAGUAAAUAAUAAGGGAGAUGAUGGAAGAAGGAACAGAUGGGGAGGAUAGGCAAUCUUAGCGUCGUCUUUUCUUCCGAUAUAUAAUUUGCCGCGUAACCAACAUUUAGCGAGAAAUGUCUCACUCUCUGCAUUUGUGCAUCCCCGCUACACCAGCUCUUGAAUCUUUCACGAGAAAGAGAGCACGGCGUUUUCAAACUCUCUCUUCUUCUCUACAAUCCAAUCUUCAAAGCGGAGAAGAUGAGCCUGACAACUGCAGGGGUCGGUGCGAAGCCAAUGUGAUUUUGGUGGAGAGAUAUGCCAAUGGAUCUUCUAGAAGGUAUAUACUAGACGAUGACUCGCAAUUAAAAAGUUUUCUUGAGGAACAUGGUGCCAAAAAUAGUAGGUUCCAAGAAUCACAUUCGUUGGACACAAAACUGUCAUGGCUUCCAUAUUCAAUCAAAGAUUUUGUUCUACCUGUAGGCUUCCCAGGAUCAGUUUCAGAUGACUACUUGCAGUACAUGUUGUUACAGUUCCCUACCAAUGUUACUGGAUGGAUCUGUCACACUUUAGUAACAUCAAGUCUCCUCAAGGCUAUUGGUGUUGGCUCUUUCACAGGUACUACAGCUGCUGCUUCUGCUGCUGCUAUCAGAUGGGUGUCAAAGGAUGGCAUUGGAGCUCUAGGGCGCCUAUUCGUUGGUGGACGAUUUGGAAAUCUUUUUGAUGAUGAUCCAAAACAAUGGCGCAUGUAUGCAGACUUCAUUGGCAGUGCAGGAAGCAUCUUUGAUCUAGUGACGCAAGUGUAUCCUGCCUAUUUCCUGCCAUUGGCUUCUCUUGGAAAUCUUGCAAAGGCUGUAGCAAGAGGCCUAAAAGACCCUUCCUUCCGUGUGAUUCAAAACCAUUUUGCAAUCUCAGGAAAUUUGGGAGAGGUAGCUGCAAAGGAGGAAGUUUGGGAAGUAGGUGCUCAAUUGUUUGGCCUUGCAUUGGGCAUACUGAUGCUGGAUACACCUGGCCUUGUAAAAUCUUUUCCAGUGUUGGCAUCGACUUGGAUGAGCAUUCGGGUUCUGCACCUUUGGUUGCGUUAUCUCUCACUCUCAGUUCUACAGUUUGACACAAUAAAUCUCAAGCGUGCCCGUUCGCUGGUGAAAUCACAUGUUUCGCACUCUGCUGUUUUGGGUAACUUCAUACCCUUUCUAAGUCCCUUUGUCUUACAAGUUAUGCCAUUUACAGCAUUCAGUUUGAGUAUUUGUUCAGGAUGUGCUGAUUGCAAUCGAGAAGAAAAUAUUUUAUCAUGGGAAACAUUCAUGAAGCCACGAAUUAUUUUCAGUGCGCCCUUAGAGGAGAUGGUUGGCAGUGAGAGAUCUGUUGCCAAGGUGAAGACACUUCUAAAACUGUAUACAAAGGAGAAAUAUUUGCUUAUGGUAAACCAACAAAAAAGAGACUUUGAGGUGUUUGUCUCAUUCAAGGUGCAAAAAAAUAAAUGGUUGGAGCUACAAGUAUCUCUGUCUUGCGAAGUGUGUGGCAGACUUACUGGCUACAUGACAACUGGGAAAGCUCUGUUAACGUCUUUGAUCAGCUUGCACAAAGUCUACGAGAGAUGGAAAAUAGGUUUGAAGACUUCAUGCAACAGUUAGACGUAGCUGGAUGGCAUACUCAUGAAAUAAAUCUGAAGGUCCCUAGGGAAAUCUGCAUUGAUGAACUGGGCACUAUUUAAUGUGCAAAUAUCAGUAAUCCAAAUGCCAUUGUCAUUGCAACCAUCUCAAGCUACCUUCUGCACUUGAAAUUAUAUGGCCUGUCAGAAAAAACCAACAUGCUUUGGGCAUUGUCCUCGUCCAUCGGGCAGCUCUUUGAAGAAGGUCGAGCUUCAUGUUCCAAGUGUGAACCUAGUUAAAAAUGAAGAAGCUGAGCUUUGCAUGCCAUGCUUGAUAGAGGAAAGGGCUAGAGGUAAGUUUUUAUUUUACUGAAAUGCCCUGACAGCCAUUGCAAAUCUCAGAGUUGUGUCUCGGCCUGAACUGAUGAGAUAUUGUCAAUUAUUAGCCAAUUUUAUUGUCUUAACUUUAAUUAAUUAUUUCAUAAUUUCAUCAGUCGCACCUUUGUUCUCAAAGAGAAGUGUAUUACAUAUACUCAAAUUAUGAUUUUUCUUAUAUAGAUCAGGUUUACUAUGGAUACAAGAUGUAUGGUGGAACCUAUUUAUUAAACAUAUGAAUCUCACAUGUUUGUAUCUUGAACCCAUAUUGAAUUAUACAUAGGUAAGAAUUUUCUUCAAAGAUGAUGAUGGCAUUAUAACAAAGUACCUCUUUUGACUUUAGAUCGGAGGGUUGUUUUGUAAUUUUGUUUCAUUGGAACUUUUUCCUCUCAUUACAUUAUUAUGAUUUUAUGAAUAAA